CACCAUUCCUAUCUAUCCCCAACCCCAAUCCACGUGAGUCAAGGGUAGGAUCUUAGCAAACGCCCAAACCGCAAGCUCUCUCUCUCUCUCUCUUGUCCCUUCACUUCCCUUCGCCCUUGCCAACACUUCUCGUAUCUAAUUCCCUGUCCCUAAUUUCCCUUCCCAACUUUUCCUUUUUAAGUUUCCCGGGAAACAAACAGAAAGAUUCGAGAACCCUUUCUUCGCGGUUUCCUAUUUCCCUAGAAUUUCACUUUUCGUUUUCCCCUCUCAAUCCCGAAACCCCUAAUUCCGACGUCCUUCUCGAUUUUUCUUCUUCAGCUUUUUCAUAAAGCGUCAAUUUUUCGUGUAUCAUUUUCUUUCUUUAUGAAUCCGUUUAUUGUAAACUUUGAUCCCACCAGUAUUACAUAACUAUGACGGAGAGAAAUAGCUCGAUGGUUUGGAAUUAGAGUUUUACUUGUUGAGGGUUGUAAAAGAUGCUGCCUUGGGGUGGAUUAAGUUGUUGUUUGAGUGCAGCUGCUCUUUACCUUCUUGGCAGGAGCAGUGGCAGGGAUGCAGAUAUUCUUAAAUCGGCCACUCGGAUUAAUCAGUUGAAGGAAUUGGCUAAAUUGUUGGAUUCCGAGUGCAUAUUACCAUUGGUGGUUGCAAUUUCGGGGAGAGUUAGCUCUGAAACCCCCAUCACCUGUGAGUUCACUGGUUUACGAGGUGUAGUUGUGGAGGAAACGGCAGAACAACAUUUUUUGAAACACAAUGAUGCUGGUUCAUGGAUACAGGAUUCUGCUUUGAUGCUUUCAAUGAGUAAAGAAGUUCCCUGGUACUUGGAUGAUGGAACUGGUCGUGUGCAUGUGGUGGGAGCUCGAGGCGCCACAGGCUUUGUAUUGCCGGUCGCAAGUGAGGUAUUUGAAGAGUCAGGGCGGUCCCUCGUACGUGGGACAUUAGAUUAUCUUCAGGGCCUCAAGAUGCUUGGUGUCAAACGAAUUGAGAGGGUACUUCCAACUGGCACGUCUUUGAGUGUUGUUGGUGAGGCUGUCAAAGAUGACAUUGGUACCAUCCGGAUUCAACGACCUCACAAAGGGCCAUUUUAUGUCUCUCCCAAAACCAUUGAUCAGCUUAUUGCAAACCUUGGGAAAUGGGCAAGGUGGUACAAAUACGCAUCUUUGGGUUUGACUGUGUUUGGUGUUUAUUUGGUUGCUAAGCAUUCUGUCCAAUACAUCUUGGAAAGAAGGCGCCGUUGGGAAUUGCAGAGAAGGGUUCUUGCUGCAGCUGCUAAAAGAUCUGGGGAAGAUAAUGAAGGUUCAAACGAAAAAGAUGAUAAUGUGUCAGACGGAAGCAAGAGGCUGAUGCCAGAUUUAUGUGUGAUAUGCCUUGAGCAUGAAUAUAAUGCGGUUUUUGUGCCGUGUGGUCAUAUGUGCUGCCCCCCCCCCCCCGGUGGCAGAACUUUUGCUUAUGAGUAA